UUCAAAGAUAUGUUUUCUUUUCACUUUCGUAGGAUUUACUCGUUUCGUGGCCGGAUUUUGCUCGAUCUUAUGCGUUAGCUUCAUUUUUGGUCCGUAAACUUCUGGGUUUUUCGUUUUAUUGUUGUUAAGUCAGCUGGCCGGGUAUGUAGUUGGUUUUUAUCGAUGUAUUUGUGUGUUUCAUUGCUUAAUUGUAGCUGCUGUAUCUUGUUUCUCAUGUUAUACGUUGAACUGCAACGAAGGAUUUCGUUAAUUUUUAUUUGGUUGAUUUUCCCAAGCAAUCGAAACGAGGAAGGAAAUGAAGUUUUUGCUUCGGAAGUGACAAUGAUGCCGUCGAAAGUUGAUUCUAGGACAGGAAAAGAUGAGGAUUUCAAUAGUGAGAUUUUGUUACGCGACAUUGAAGAAAUUAGCAAAGCCCUUUAUUUGCCGCCAAAAACAUUUAAUUCAUCAUUGGAAGAUCAGCCAAGUGUGACCACUAUUACUGGUAAUUUAGAAUCUAAAUCUAAAGUCAGUAUGCAAAGUUUGUCGGAUAAGGAUAAGAAAUCAUCAAUCCAAAGUUCCUCACGAAAGGACAAGAAAUCAUCAAUAUGGAAUUGGAAGCCUUUAAAGGCCCUUAUGCAUUCCCGCCAGCAUCGAAUCAGUUGCUGUUUCUUUCUUCAUGUCCAUGCUGUUGAAGGGUUGUCUUCAGAUUUCAAUGGCCUCAAUUUAUGUGUUACUUGGAAGCAAAAGGGGAACAUGUUGCGGACUCGCCUUGUUCCAGUCUGUGCUGGAAUAACCGAGCUUGAGGAGACCCUUACGCACCAUUCUAUCAUCUAUGCACAUAGACCUGGGGCCCAUAAUUUAGCUAAGUAUGAGCCCAAGCUUUUCCUGCUUCAUACAUCUGUGAUUGAUCCACACGGGCAAGAUGUUGACAUUGGGAAUCACUGGAUUGAUCUAACUAGGUUACUCCCACUUACUUUGGAGGAAUUGGGAGGAGACAACAGAAACUCGGGGAAGUGGACCACUUGUUUUAAGCUUUCUGGAAAGGGUGAAGGAGCUGUGCUCAAUGUUAGUUUUGGGUUUUCUGUAUUGGAUGGUAAUUCGUAUGAUCCAAAAUAUUUUGUGAAAGAUCCUCUUCCUUUGAGAGAUGAUAGUUCCAUAAGGAUGGAUCAUUCUACUGAUUUUCAUAGUAGUAGAGUCAACCAGUUGCAUAAAUUUGGCAGUGUCCCGACCAUAUCAACUCAAGAGUCAUUCCAUCAGUCAAAAGGCAUAAAGUUUAUUGAUGGGGUUAUCUUAAACAAGGAAUUGGAGCUUGGAAAGUCAAUCAGUUUACUAUAUCAGAAGCUUGAGGAGGGGAAGGUGCAGAAUUCUAUAGAAUUUGACCUCUUUCAUGAGACACUAGACACUGUAAAUUCGAUGUCUGGUGGAAACAUGAUGCAUGCAUACAAUGACACAGGCCUUAAUGUAGUCGAGCAUGGUGUGGAAGUAUCUACGGAGGAUCAGGUUUGCACAGAACAAAACAAUAGUCAAAGAUUUGAUAGCUCUCUUGUAGAGAUAAUAAAUAUUGCAGACAUCUUCAACGAAGGUGAUUGUUUUGAUGUGGAUGUUGAAAGGACAUCAAAGGUUGAUGCAAGCAAGCAUGGGCAGAACGACAGUGCAACAGAUGCUACAGAAUCCAACUUCCAAAGCAGAUCUGAUAAAGAACCAAAUGUUGAACUGCAGUCAGAUUCCUGUGACAUGCUGACACCUAGAUCAAUUCAUUCGGAUCCUGUGGUAGACACUAACAAGUUUUAUGAGCAAGCAAAUUGCACUACAAGCAAGUGUGGUUAUGAUGUAAUCAAUUCCACUACAUUUGUGAACUUGGAUGAUGUUGCAGAAUCUAUAGAGAAUGAUUUUCUCAAAAUGUUGAACAUUGAGCAGAGUCCGGUUAACUUAAGUUCUGGUGGAAGCUCUGAGUCUUCCAGUAAGUACUUAUUAGAAUUGUUCAGAGAGGACAAUACAGAUUUUGAGGACCCCAUCAUUGAUACUUUUUUAAUGGAAGAGCAGGAUACUUGCUGUCUGGUUCCCCAUGGCUAUGACAGACUGGAAAGUUCAGAUGAUACGGUUUUUUCAUUUAGCCUUCAAACAACUGAAAGAAAAAACCAUGUUAGUCCAUCCUGGAAGGUGAGAAAUGGAAGAAAUGCUAAAAUGCUUGAAUACCAGGAAACUGAAUCUUUAAUGGAGGAGUGGGGUCUCAAUGAAAAGGCUUUCCGGAAUUCUCCUCGUGCCAGUCCAGGUGGAUUUGGAAGUCCAGUCUAUCCUUCAGGUGAACAGCCAUUGAAAUUACCUUCCCUUGGAGAUGGCCUGGGUUCAAUAAUUCGGACUAGAGAUGGUGGCUUCUUGCGGUCAUUGAAUCCCUUACUUUUCCAAAAUGCUAUAAACGAUGCCAAAUUAAUUGUGCAAGUCUCUCCUCCAAUUGUGUUACCUGCUGCAAUGGGAUUUUCUGCCACAGAUAUUCUACAGCAAUGGGCAUCCCAGGGGGUGGAAAGGAUGUCUAUACAAUGUAAAGAAUUGAUGCAUUUGGAAGAUAUCACAGGGAAAACCAUACAACAAGUAUUUUCAGAAACAAAAUCUGGAUCAGAUGCCUCCACGAGAUUAUCUUUGCUGCAUGCACCAGAGAUUGGGCUUAAGUCAAUUGGUGAGAAAAAGGCAUCCGAGGAUCAACCAUUUAUUAAUGUUCGGAGUUCUGAUUGCCUCGACCCAUCCACUAGUUCAGAGGAUAUGGAAUCCGAGUAUGUAAGUAUCAAGAAUCUUGUUCCUCUGGCCAUACGGAAUAUAGAAGGACUUCUGAUCGAAGGGCUAAAGAUUCAGUCUGGUAUGCAAUGUAAAGAAUCUCCUUCAAACAUUUGGAUCCAGUUUUCGACAAAUUCAGGCUUGCAGGCUCUGGAUGAUGAUGAUUUAGUUAACUAUGCUGUGACAUUAGAGGAAUGGAUCAGGAUGGAUUCUGGAGAUUUUGAUGGCACAAUUGAAACUGAUAAAAACGUUUUGAAAGUUCUGGCAGCGCAUUGUGCCAAAUAUAUGGAUCUUGACAGAGGCCAGCUUGUAAAGGAAGAUCACAGAUUCAACUUACUGGAUGGAACAUGUGGUGGUAUUUUUGAGAACAACUUUACUAUGGUUCUGAAAGUGCAGCUUAGAGAUCCUCUGCGAAAUUACGAAAUGGUUGGUCCUGCUAUGCUUGCUUUGGUUCAAGUGCAGAGGAUUUACUCACCCUCCCAACCAGGAUUGCAAUGUUUCUCACCAGAGAAAAGUUGCCAUGCAGAACGGGUUAGUCUGGAUGAUAGUUUAACACAAGAAGGGAAUGGAUUUCAGAAAAACCAAAGUUGUGGGGCAGGAAUUCCACAGUUUAAAGUCUUGAAUGUCCAUCUUGCUGGUCUGAAACUUUCCCCUGCGAAUGAACACCUAUGGGGAACCAGUAGACAGCAUCAAUCUGGGGCCAGAUGGUUGUAUUCUAGUGGCAGUGCUAGGACCAACAGGCAUCCUAUUUCCACUUCCAAUGCAAUUGUAAAACCAUCCAUGGCAAUAAUGAGAAAGGCGUCGCAAAGGGAUGUUUUAUGGAGUAUAGCUCCCCCAUCUCAAGGUGAAGCUGUCCUGUGGGAUGACCUGGUUGCACUGAAUGUUCACAUAAGAAACCCUGAUAUCAUUUUUCCGAGUGAGGCUUCAGUUUACCAGCAGAAGUAAGAAGAUAGGUUAGUCAAUCUAGUUGGGGUUGUCCUCUUUGUUCAAUAUAUACAUGACAUAUGAUCAGUUUGGAGGUAUGACUGCCGUGUUGUAGAAUCUGACCCCCCUUGGGGUUUGUUGAAGGCAGUCCAAAUGUAACUAAACAUGGUUUUCAGCUUAAAUGAUAAGACUUGCUAAAGAGUGCAUCCAUGUACAGAUAUGCAGAAAUGCAUCAGCAAAUUUAAGCAACUAGGCUGAUUCAAAUUUUAUCAAA